AUGGACAGGAAAAAGGACUUUAACAAGAACAAAAACUAAAACUAAUAGCAGAUUAUGCAGCAACCUAUUGGAGCAAUGAACUAUAACUUCUCUUUUGACAAAUCUUUUGGUCAGCACAUUCUUAAGAACCCCUUGGUUGUACAAUAAAUCAUAGAAAAAUCUGGUAUUAAGCCCACAGAUGUAGUACUUGAAAUCGGUCCUGGUACAGGUAACUUGACUCAAUCUCUAUUAGAAAGAAGCAAGAAAGUAAUAGCAGUAGAAAUUGAUGCUAGAAUGAUUGCUGAAGUAUCCAAGAGAGUUAACAAGCUAGGUUACUAGCAUAAGUUCUAACUAAUUUAAGGAGAUGCAAUUAAGACUUAAUUGCCAUUCUUUGACCUAUGUGUUGCCAACACUCCUUAUUAAAUAUCGUCUCCACUUGUAUUCAAAUUAUUGCAGCAUAGACCAAUCUUCAGAUGUGCAGUACUCAUGUUCUAAAGAGAAUUCGCUAUGAGAUUAGUUGCUAAACCUGGAAGUGAUAUGUAUUGUAGAUUAAGUGUCAAUGUCCAGUUGCUUGCAAGAGUAGAUCAUUUACUAAAAGUCUCAAAGAACAGUUUUAAGCCACCUCCUAAGGUAGAAUCAUCAGUAGUUAGGAUUGAACCAAAGUUUCCACCUCCUCCAAUUAACUUCACUGAGUGGGAUGGUUUAGUAAGAUUAUGUUUCUUGAGAAAGAAUAAGACAAUGUCUGCAAUUUUCAGACUAAAGCAAGUACUUAAAAUGCUACAUAAAAAUUUUGUUACAUUCCAGACUGAGUUGAAAGUAGGAGGUCAGCAAGCCUUAGCCUAAUAAGACUAAUAGGUAGAUUUAACUGCAUUUAUGUUGGAUGAAAAUUAACUUGAACAAAAGCUUAGCAAAAAAGAUAAAAGGCUAGAGAAGAUAGCAGCAAAGGGAGCACUUAAAGAAGGAGAAGAUGGAGACGAUGAUGAAGAAGAGAAAAUGGAAGAUGAGCCUGAAGAUGAAGCAGAAAAUGAUCCUAUUUAGAGCAUUAAAGCAUUUAAGAAAUUAGUAGUAAAGACUCUCGAGGAUAAUUAGAUGCACGAGAAGAGAGCUUGCAAAAUGGAGAUCAUUGAUUUCCUUAACUUGCUCAAGAUUUUCAAUGAAUAAGGUGUACAUUUCAAGUGA